AUGGGAGUCGACCAUUACUCCAAACAGGAGAUGAUUGGAUUGGGAAUCACGUUCCUGUUUCUACCGUGUAUCUUUGUAGGCUUCCGAAUAUGGGCAAAGUGGCUGUCCCGCCGCUCGCUACAAGCCGAUGAUUAUCUCAUAUUUAGGGGACUGGCCUUGUCUAUAGGCUGCUCAAUAACCCAACUGGUAGGAUCAAUCGAUGGCUUGCUGGGUCAACAUGAGACUACCGGUCCUGACGGGCAGCCUCUGCUACAUGACCCGAAAUUCCUAACCUACCAGAAAUGCAAGUUUGCCAGUCAGAUGAUGGCUGUCGUGGGCCUCGGGUUAACCAAGAUAUCCCUACUUGUAUUAAUGCGGGGGAUCUUCGCGGUCUCGCGAACAUUCAGGCUUGGCUCGAAUAUCCUCGUUGGUCUUACUGCCAUCUGGACCAUCUCAUUUUUUAUCAGUAAUCUGUUUACGUGCUAUCCGAUCACAGCUCUAGUGGAGGAGUAUUACGGCCACAAAUGCCUUAACAGCCUUGCUAUGUGGUACGCAGGUUGCAUCACGGACGUGCUUAUUGACUUGAUCAUUAUGGUUCUCCCUCUCCCUAUGAUCUUCAAAUUGCAGUUGCCCCAGAAGCAGAAGCUGGCAAUAUCAGCCAUGUUUGUCAUGGGUACUGCAGUCGUCGGAAUCAGCAUAACUCGGAUGGCCAUGUACUUUCAUAUAGGUGCGACCUACUUGGAGCACUAUAACGACGAUUCUUACUUUAUCUCGCCCGUUGUCUUCUGGACGAACAUCGAAAGCUCUCUCGCCGUUAUCCUUGCCUGCCUGCCCACGUUGCGUCCGCUGUGGACUUUCUACCACGGCGGCCGUCGGGGAAUGCCCGACCCCCCUUCAUACGAACCCUAUAACUCCUCGCGGCGGAGCCGCCACAAACGCAUUCACGAACCCUUCAACUAG